AUGGUUAAAACUCCAAUAAAAGUAAUAGUAAGAACUCGACCAACAGUAGAAUUUGCUUAUAAAAAUAUCAAUAUCAAUGAGAAUACAGGACACAUUGCAAUCAAUAUACCAAAAUCAGCUGAAUAAGGUAUGAAUGUUGAUUUAACAUUUGAAAAGGAUUUGUGAAUCAUUAAUAAGAAGAUUGGGGCUUCACUUUUGAUAAGGUUCUUUAGAAUGCAAGUCAGGAGGUAGUGUUUGACAUAUGCGGAAAAGAAUUAAUACACAGUGCUCUUGGAGGAUAUUCUGGAACAAUUAUGGCUUAUGGAUAAACAGGAGCAGGUAAGACAUUUACAAUGAUGGGAUCUCAGAUUGAUUAUAAAUAUAGAGGAAUGAUGCCAAGAUGCAUUAGCUUACUUUUUCAAGAAAUAGAAGCUAGAUAUGAAUAAUAAAUUACGGUAGGAGUUUCAUAUUUGGAGAUAUAUAAUGAAAUGAUGUAUGAUUUAUUGGCUGGAGGAGAUUAAAAGUAUAUGUGUUAAAAACUUACUAUAGCACUGGUUUGGCUAUUUAAGAAGACAAUAAUGGAUAUGUAUAAGUAAAAGGAUUGACAAUCAAAAAGUGUUAAACUGAAGAAGAUGCAAUAGCAUAAUUAUUUGAAGGAGAAACUAAUAGAACAAUAAGUGAACAUAAACUUAAUAAGGCAUCAUCAAGAUCACAUUGUGUAUUUACAGUCCAUUUAGAGAUAAGAUCAAGAGUGGAAUCAGCUGAAAAAGUCAUUAUUAGUAAAUUAAAUCUAGUAGAUUUGGCAGGAUCUGAAAGAACAAAGAAAACUGGAUCAGAAGGUAGAACUUUAUUAGAAGCUUAAUUCAUUAAUAAAUCACUUUCAUUUUUAGAAUAAGUAGUAGUAGCAUUAUCAGAGAAAUAAAGAGAUCAUAUUCCUUAUAGAUAAAGCAAAUUAACAAAUCUUCUUAAAGAUUCAAUUGGAGGAAAUAGUAAGACUGUUAUGAUAGCUAAUAUAUGGCCAGAGAAACAUUAAUUAGAAGAAACUAUAUCUACUUUGAAAUUUGCCUAAAGAAUGAUGAAAGUUACUAAUGAAUCUUCAAUAAGAGUAAAUUUGGAUCCUUAAGUAUUGAUAAAAAAAUAUGAAAAAGAAAUAAAAGAUUUAAGAUAAGAAUUAGCAAUGCAUGAUACAUUGGCUAAUAGAGGUAGAAUAUAAUAUGAACCAUAUACACCUGAAUAAUAAUACAAAUAAUAAUAAAUAGCAUAAUAAUUUUUGAAUGGAGAACUUGAAGAUAUUGAUAUAGAUUCAUUAAGAUAAGUUAAAGAAUUAUUCUUUUAAUUUAGAAAUCUAUAUAGAAAUUUAGUUAAAGAUUUGGAAAAUAAAAAUUACAUUCCAAGAACAGAAAAAGAACCUGAUGUUUCAAAGAAGAAAAGUGAUUAAGUAAAACCAGUAGAAAGUGUUGGAAUGGAAGAAAAUAAACAUGGAUUUGGUUUAGGUAAAGCUAGAAAAGAUGCUAAACCAACUACAAAUAUAGAAAAUUUAGUAAAUAUUCCAAAAGAUGAAUUUAAAUAAGUAGAUGAUAAGGCAUAAUAAGAAAUAAGGAAAGAGAGUCAAAUUACAGAAGUUAAUAAAGAAUCUACAAUUGAAAAGAGGAUUGUUAAUGUGGAUAAAUAGCAAGCAUUUACUGAUUUCAAAAAUAAAGAAGGCUCUUCUAUUAAUCAACAAAUAUUAGAAAAUAUUGUAAAAUUUUAUUUUCAAUAAUUAGAAUCAAUUGAAAGAUAAGAAGGAUAAUAUUAUAUCUUUAUCAGAAACUUCAAACCAACUUAAAAAGGAUAUUGAAAUAAAGAAGGGUAUUAUUGCAUAAAAACAAUUGAAUAAAAAUUAGGAGGUAAGAGAAAGGUAAUAAUUUCAUAGGAAAUUGCCUAAGGAAUUAUCGAUGAGGAAGAAUAUUAAACUUUGAAAGAACUAAAGGAAUUAAAAAAGUAACUAAAAUAAAACUAAGAAAAUAUAAAAUCUCUGAAGUCUGAAAUUAUCAUGAUAGAUUAAUGUAUUAAUCAAGUAUCUAUAAAAUUUAUUCAUUUUAGUCUAAAUAAGCAUUGGUUCAAAAAUUUGAGGAACAUUUUCUUAAAAAAUAUGGAUUAACAUUACAAGAUAUUAAUAAUCCACUUGUGAAUCAAAAAGAAGAGGACUAUUCAAUCAACGAUCCUUCAGAAUAGGAUGAUGUUGAUCAAGAUGCUUUAGCUUACAUAAGAGCAAAAAAUAAGGUUACACAAUUAUAAAAGGCAAGAAAGUAAGAAAAAAUGCAUAAAUGA